ACAAAUGAUGAAUGUUCCACCGCUGGGUGCAGUGUAGAACGCGACAGACUGAACUGAAAUGACCGGCCCACACACACCAACAAAAUGAGGGAGCUCUAUAGAGCCAUUUGGCUAUGGCUUCUACUACUCACUCCAUCGUGGGCCGCUGCCGACAGCUUUACAAAGCUCUUGCAAUUUGCUGACGAGCCCACCGAGCUAGCAAGGCGGGACGAGGAGCUGGAUGCUCAUGGCGCACUACUGGUUAAAGCAGUGGUCCUAUUUCGGCAUGGCGCCCGCACGCCCCUGUCGGACCGCUAUGCGACCGCGGCGCUGUCAUUUGGCGGCAAGGCGCAUUCCGCGCGGCGGAGAGCGCUGCAUGAGGCGACCGCGGGCGGCGGGGCCAGCCAGCAGCAGGAGCAGCCACGGCAGCUGCAGCAGGAGUUUGACCUGGUCAGCAGCUCGCUGGGGAGAAGCGGCGUACACUGGGGCCGACCCAGGGCCUGCGAGUACACCGUCCAGGGCCCGCCGCUGGAGCUGCGGAGCCAGCCGGGCGCCCCGCCGUUGCGGCCAGACGACGUCGCCGAGAUGGAGGCGGCGCUGCUGUGCGAGGGACCCAUCAGCCCCACCGCGCCGCUGCCUGCCAGUCUGAUGCCAGGAGGGGGAGGGGGAGGCGUGCAAGGCAGGGGCCCGCGCGACACGACGCCCCUGCCGCGGGGCUGCGGGCGGGGGCAGCUAACGCGGCUGGGUUACACGCAGGCGGUGGCUCUGGGCCGUUGGCUGCGCAGUCGCUAUGGCGUCACCACAGCCGGCCUGGCGCAACACCUGGGAAACGGCAGUAGCACCGGCAGUGGCAGUAGCAGUGGCAGUAGCAGUGGGGAAGGGCAGGGGCAAGGGGGCGGCCUGCUGCCGCCGCCGGCGCGUCGCAAGUACUUGCACCCGCUGCCGCCGGCGCCCAUUGCGGCGCGGAGCACACACGUGUCACGUGCGCUCCUCACGCUGCAGGGCGUGUUGGAGGGCCUGCUGCCGCUGCACCCCUCCGACGUAAACGGCUCAGCGGCCACGUCCAGCCCGCACCACCUCCACCACCACCUCCUCCACCACCACAGCCCGCACCCGCAGCAGCAGGCGCACCCGCACGAGCACCCGUUCGGCCGGCACCCAGUGCCGGUGGCCGUGGCACCCGCGGGCCACCAGCUGCUGUACGCCAACACCGACCAGUGCCCGCGACUGGCGCAGCUGGCCCGACUGGCGGACCGGGCGGCGCAGGUGCUGGGCGACGCGGACAGCACGGGCGACGAGCGGCGUGUGCGCGCGGCGCUGGGCCUGCCGCCGCAGCGGCCCGACACGCCCUCCACCUGGCUGUCCUGGAAGCGGCUGCUGGACGCCGCCAUGUGCGAGGAGGCGGCACGGGGCGAGCAGGCCGUGGCGGGGGACGCGGAGCGGCUCCUGCAGCAGCUGCAGUCGCAGCAGCACGGCACGCGGCAGCACGCACAGGGCGCCGCGGCUGGCGGUGACAGUGACAGCGGGAGGCGGCGAGAGCAGCAUCGGCAGCGCACGCUGCUGCGACACAAGGAGAAGGCCUCGGCCUCCGCCGCAGAAACAGCCGCAGAAACAGCCGCAGCUACAGCCGCAGCAAUUUCAGCAGCAGCAGCUGAGGCUCAAUCCGGGGCUCAGCAGGCCGUGGCGCACACGCCGGCGCAGGUCUUUGAGGAGUAUCUGUCGCGUGUGGUCGGCGGCAGCCGCACCGCGGACUUGGCGAGGCUGGUCAGGUGCGACGGCGGCAGUGGAGGGGGCGGGGGCGCGGGCAGUCACGAGGGUGACGGGCAGGGCCGCCUGCAGCGCCAGCUACUGGUGUCGUCGGUGGCGGCGGCUGCGCCGCAGCGGCUGCCGCAGCAGCUAGGGCUGGGGGAUGAGGAGGCGGGGUCGGAGGAGGUUGAGGAAGCGCAGCCCGCGUGGGGGCAGGCCGGGGAGGCAGAGGAGGGCGCCGAGGCGGAGCGCGCGGACGAGGAGCGGGCGAGUGUUGGCGGCCGUGCGCAGCGGGUGCUGGCCGGUUCGUUGGAGGGGCGCGACGGCGAGGACGACGAGGAGGACGAGUACGAGGACGGUGACACGGGUGGCGGCGGCGGCCUCACCGCGGACCUGUACUCGGUGGUGGACUGGCAGGCGACGCGGCGUGUGGCCGCGGUGCUGGGCCCCCCCUGCAACGGCACCGGCCUGUGCCAGCAGCUGCUGCAGCUCGGCAUCGGACUGCUACUGCGCGAGCUGCUGGACGGCCUGCGCGCCGCGGCGGCGGCGGCUGAGGCGCGACUGCAGGCGGCGGCGGCGGCUGGGGCGGCGGCGGCUGGGGCGCGGCUGCAGGCGGCGGCGGCUGGGGCUGGGGCGGCGGCGGAGCAGGGUUUUCCGGGGGCGGCGCCGGAAGGAGGUGCGGCGGUGGGCGUGGCGCCUGUGGCGAUGCUGGACCUGUACUCGGGGCACGACAGCACGUUGAUGCCGCUGCUGGCAGCGCUGGGCAAUGCGGUGGGCCGCUGGCCGCCCUUCGUGGGCAACCUGGUGCUCGAGCUGUACCGCGUGCCGCUCAGCAGCAGUAGCAGCAGCAGCAGUAGCAGCAGCAGUAGCAGUAGCAGCAGCCGCGGUGACGGCAGUAGCAACGGUGAUGGCGGUAGAAAGGCGGCGGGCGGUGACGCGGGCGCCUGGAUGCGCAGCCCGCGGUAUGACGAUGAGCCGGAGCCGGAGGAGCAGCAGCAGCAGGAGGAGGAGGAGCAUGAAGAGCCGAGGGACCUGGGGGGGCAGCGAGGCCGUGAGGGUGGGCGGAAGGGCGAGUCGGGCCGGGGUGCCCAGCGCCGGCGGAGUGCGGCGGAGUGGGCGGCGGCGGGCGCCGACGCGUCCGGUGCGCUGGCUGCUGCGGUGAAGGGCCAGGCCCGCGCCGCGGUACGGAGGCAGCGGCGGAGAAAGCUGGUGCGCGGCGGCGCCGCCAAUGGCACCGACGAUGGCAGUAGCAACGGUAGUAGCAGUGGCACCGGGGCCGGCACUAGCAGUAGCAGUAGCAGCAGCGAUGUAUGGGCGGCACUCUGGCAAGGCUCCAACUUUGGUGGCCUCGCCGCGUCACAGAGCGGCAGUAGCAGCGGCAGUAGCAGCGGCAGCGGCAGUAGCCGCAGCGACGCCCGCAGGCGGUUGGCUGCCGCCGCACAGCAGCCAGGGCGCCGCUGGCGGGCGUCAGUGGACGAUGCGGAGGCUGCAGGCGACAGCCUGCUGCUCGCCCUCCCUUUAGAGGCGGAGGCGGCGGCGCCAGCGGGCAUGGGGCUGGCGGCAGUCCGCGCCCUGCUGCAGGCUGGAGGGCAGCAGGGCGCGGGGCAGGGGCAGCGAGGGCAACAACAGCAGCAGCAGCAGAUUCAGCAGAAGAUACAGCAGCAGAAUCAUGCAGGCAAGGAGCGGGCCCAGUCGCAAGAGGAGGAUCAGCAGCUAGAACAGCAUCAGCACCUAGAGCAGCAGCAGCUAGAGCAGCUAGAGCAGCAGCAGCAGCUAGAGCAGCAGCAGCAGCAGCAGCUAGAGCAGCAGCCGCGGCGGCGCGGGUUGGCUGGGGCCAGGGUUGGGGAUGCGGAGUACCGGGUGCGGCUGCUGUACAACCUGGAGGAGCUGGCCGUACACACGCCGGCGGAGGGCUACACGUGGCUGCCCCGGCUGUCCGACCUGGAGUCCUUGCUGCGGCCCUACACGGUGGCCCGGCCCGCCUACGUGUCCGCCUGCCGGCACGUGGAGGACCUGGUGGGGCUGCUGGAGGCGCAGAUUGGAAAGUCUGGCGCCGCCGCCUCUCACGGCCACUUCUUCGAUGGUGACCAGGAGGCGGCGCAGGCGGAGCACAAGCGCCUUCAGCGGGAGCGGGUGGAGCAGCUGAGGCGGCAGCGCAGCCAGGCGGCCAAGGCGGCGGCGGCAAACCGGGCGGCGGCGGCCGCCGCCAAGGCAGAGAAGGCGCGGCAGCAGCAGCAACAGCAGGCGAAGCAGCAAAAGACAGGGGCGGGCGGAGGUGGUGGAGGUCGUGGAGGGGUUGGAGGCCGGAUGCACGCGUAGGGUUGUGGGCGUGAAAGGAUUGGUCGGGGUAGCUAGGAGAGGUAGGUACUGAGCGUGUGCCUGUUGGUACCGUAUUGAUGAUUUGAGAGUAUUGUUUGUGAGAGUCGGAGGGGGUUGUAGAUACCAGCCCAAACUAAACCAAACCCAAUGCAAUAGAGGGGGCUGGGUGCGGUGUGCAGCAAUGCGGAAUCGUGGGUAAAGAAGACUUUUGCAACCUAUUCCGCGAGAGGAGUGUGUGGCAUUGGAUUUGGUCACCGGGGAGCAGCUAGGCAACGAGGUUAGCCAGAUGCGGCACAUGCAUUAGACAUUGGAAUGACUGUGACAGGGCAAAGGACUGUGGAGGACUCAAGAUGAAAGUGAUGAAAGUUUGCUCCCGAUACCGUACAUUCUUCUGACUAUGACCCUGCAUCAGCAGUUGAUGCUGCUGCUUAUGAUUACGAGCGCUGCCGCCUUCACUACUUGGUCCUGUAACUGUGCUAGAGCCAGGACGCAUCAUACACCCUCAUGUGCUUUGAUAAGCCAGAGGAAUGUGGACGCACUUACAGGCGAUAGCAUCACACAGCCACACCGCAACGCCACACUCGCGAUGAAGAGCCGCAGCGCACCUGCGAAAGGUGACCAGGUGUGUGUGGGUGUGUGUGUGUGUGUGUGUGUGUGUGUGUGUAUGUGUGUGUGUGUGUGUGAGAGAGAGAGACUACGGUUUCCACGGUUAUUCUGCCAGAUCACGUAAAUCGUGUAUCUGAUAUAACCAACGACAGGGCUCUCAAUCGAGGGCUGCCGUGACCUGGCGUUUCCCCGGCAGAGCGCAGGAGUCCAAAGGGUAACGCACUCCGACCCUUCACCGCGCCAGUAACCCUUGCGGAAUUACUACCGGUGUAACAACCUCAGACC